AGCAGCACUUGGCUCCGGGCUGCUGAACGAGACUCAUGCCAGCGUCCUCGUUGGAGAUAGACUUUAUUUUCCGCAUUGUUUUAAAUGAACCUAAUAUCAAGAAAUUCGCUGUAAAGAUACAUUGACAAAGAGUAAGAAUUCCCAGUUUUAGCCAAAGUUCUGACUUGGAAGAAUUUCAACUGAAAACAAGGACGACUGGAGUUUUUACUUCUCGGUGGUCCUCAGAGAUGUUUGACAAACAGCCCUAUGAUAGUCCCCCUGUGUACACCCCACCAUCCAACAAUGGGUUUGGAACGCCAGGCAGUUUCCAUGCUCCUCUGAGUGAUUACAACGCUUACCCUCCACCACCAGGCUCAUACUACAUUGAGGACAAACCGCAGCACUUCUACAAAUGGCGGUCACCCCCAGGGAUCGUCAAGGCUAUGAUGGCUGUUGUCAUCGUGCUGUGCGUGGCCAUCUUCGCUUGUGUGGCCUCCACGCUUAUGUGGGACAUACAGUACGCGAAUGGCCUGGGACUAGGCUACGGCUAUGGAUCUGGCUACGGUGGUGGAUAUGGUGUAGGCACCUAUGGCUCAGGAUAUGGUGGCUAUGGCAGUUAUGGAGGCUAUGGUAACUACCAGGGUUCCUACAUUUCCCCCUAUUCUGCCAAAACAGCGAUGAUUGCCAUGGCAGGCAUUAACUUCAUUGGGGCUCUGGCUUUCUUCAUUGCCAGUUUCUCUAAAACCUCUGCCAUCCGCAGCAGGAAGUACUUUCUGGCCCUCCUGAUCGCCAGUAUCAUUAUGGCUGUCCUUCAGGGUAUAAUAAACAUUGUGUAUAUGGUUGGAGUCAACCCCAUGGCCCAGGGAUCAUCCAGUGUGAUCUACAACCCUAUGCUCGUGAUGUGCCAGAACCUCUAUCAGACAGGCUAUUCGCAGAUGGGAGGAGUGGGAGGCUUCCCAAUCUACAACCAAUACCUCUACCAUUACUGUUUUGUGGACCCUCAAGAGGGAGUCGCCAUGGUGUGUGGAUUCCUGAUCGUCAUCGCCCUGGCAGUCGCCGCUUUCUAUGCACACAAAACCAGAGGGAAGAUCUGGCGCUACGGAAAACCAAACAUCUUCUGGGAUCAGCCUCUGAUUGGCGGGAAGGCAUCAGAGGGCAGAGAUGUAGAGGAGUGGGUGAACAAUGUGGAGGAAAGCCGAAGUGUUCAGGAUGCCCCAACCCUUCUAGUGUCAGAGAAAGGAGGUGGUCUGCUCAACGCCUCGGCAAACAGUGUCAUCUCCUAUCCCCCGGCCAAGGUGGACAGAAGCUCUCUCAACGAGGAUACCUACGACAACAAAGAAUAUUCUGAGGGGACCGCCGGACGACCAUCAGAAGCAUUCUCCCACGGUGGGAGGACCAGCUCCAGUCCGUCAGAAGAGACUGGCGGGGGCCGUAAACCCUCUGCCAAUAGGGCCAAGCGGCGCAGACGUAACCCUGAUAUGGACGAGUCCCAGUAUGAGACCGAGUACACCACCGGAGGAGAAACGGGGAAUGAGCUCGAUAUGGAAGAGUGGGAGAGUAUGUACCCUGAGAUCACAUCUGAUGAACAACGCCACGACUAUAAAUCAGAGUUUGAUGCUGACCUAAGGGAUUAUAAGCGGAUGUGUGCGGACAUGGACGACGUCAAUGAUCAGCUGAACAAACUCUGCAAGCAGUUGGACACACUAGAUGACACCUCUGAUAAAUACCAGGGUGUAGCAGAGGAAUAUAAUCAUCUGAAAGACUUUAAGCGGACACCAGAAUAUCAGUCGAAGAAGAAAGAGUGUCGCAGGCUGCGACACAAACUGUUCCAUAUCAAGCGGAUGGUGAAGAACUACGACAAGAGCCACUCAUAGACUUACACCGUCUUGACGCCAUCCUGCAAACACUCCAAAAAGCUUCUCUCACUCUCUGUUAUGCUUGGACCACAGUUACUGGCUUACUGGGACAGACACUGCCAAAGUUCUCUGCACACAGAAGGACACAUUUGCGCACAUGGAACAUAUCCGAUGUUGUAAUGAGGUAAUAAUGAUCUAGAAUACUAUUUUAUUCCCUAGUCAUUUAUGUAAGGCGACAUGUGGAAGCAGACAAAUGGCUUAGCUAGCAGGACUGUCUUCUGGUUGCCCAUCAUAAAAUAGAAAAAGCACAACAAUAUUGUGUAGAACAUGCCACCUUUUAGUAUUUUUUUAUGGCAAUUAUUUUUCACUUUGUACAUUUUUUUAAAUUAAACAUGAUCCUGAAUCUCAGAUUCAGAGAGACCAAAAAAGGGGAGAUUUCCAACAACUUGCACUGUAAAUAAUCUUAACAUCUGUUUAUUCUCCAUGAAUAUUUCAGUGAUUUGUGUUUUCUUGCACUGCAGGAGUCAAAGGAACAACUGUAAUAUAAGUACUGUAUCUAUUUGGUUAUUAAUGGCAUCCUUGUACUGCAUUCGCUUGUUCUCAAACAAAUAAUCAUUUGAAAUGUUCUGAUACCUAUGCAUAUUAGUAAAAAGAACAAUGUCUCACCAAUAACCUAUGCAAAAAUUUGUAUAGAGUUACUGCAAGGCCAAUGAAAACAAUUACAUUUUGUAAUGUAUGACUCAACUUAAUGCAGGAUACUACAAUCAGCUGUGUAUUUUUAGACAAGUGUGAUCUGUUGUAAACGUGUAUGCUCUUAAAGAACAUUGUUGUCAUCUGAUAAAGUUUUCGUGAGCCAUU